ACUUUUGUCUCUCCCAUUAAGCGACUGGUUUGGUCUAAAUCUGGUCGUAGGCCCGUAGAUCGAGGCAGUGUUUACCGCCGUCCACUGCAUACUGUCCCCCUUUACCCCCCUGAUUACCUCAUACAUCCAGAGAGACUCAUCUUUGACUAUGUAGAGAAGGAGGUCAAGUUUCUCGGUCACCUGACCUGGGUGUCAGUUUCACUCAAUCCCUCCAGCAGAGAUGAACUUCUACAGUUACUGGAUACAGCCCGGCAGCUGAAGGUGCUGCCGCUAAAAACGAGUGUAGAUCAGGACUGCAUCCUGAGUAUGUCUGCUCGCUGUCUGCUGCUGACGUGGAGGAACAAUGAGAAGCUGCUCAUGAGGAUCCCCACACAUGAGAUUGCUGCUGCCUCCUACCUGAGAGACGAUGCACUGCACCUGCUGGUCUUAAAGACAGGUCUAAAUGUGGACUCGGUAGUUGCAGAAGAUGACAGCUUCGACAGGAAAAAGCCACCGGGCAUCGAAGGGCGAUGCCAAACCAUGAGUUCCAAUGCUGACUCACGACCUGCAGGAGGUACAAUGGAGCGCCGACACACCAUCUGUGGAGUUGACUGGAGGCCGUCACUGUCAAGAAGUAACCAUGAAAAAACCCCAAAUGUUGACAAAGGGGGCGGGGAGAGAGGAGGAGGAGGAAGUUUAGAGAGAAGGAGAAUGGGAGGGAGCUGGGAGAGGAGGCAACAAACCUGCAAGACUGGAGGAAGCUGGGAGAAUCGCAGAGCACGACCUAUGAGUGGCAACUGGGGAGUGGGAGGGGGGAGCUGGGAAAGAAGGCAUGGAGGUGGUAUGUGUGGUGGAGGAGGAGGGAGCUGGGAAAGGAGGGGAGGAGGUGGUGGGGGAAGCUGGGACCGGCGACAAGCAUGCACAGGAAGCUGGGAAAGAGGGAAAAGUUACGGCAGUUGGGAGAGAAGGAACUACAACCCACUGGAACCCACCCCCUGUCCCGAUGCCUACUGCAACCUGGUGAUUCUUGCRGUCGAGAACCGGGACGCUGCAGAGGAGUAUUGUUCUCUCAUUUGCCAGAUGUUCCAGAUCAUUUAUGGGCAUCAGACCAUUGAGUGUGUUGACAGGGCAGGAUUUCACCACACCAUGCCAGAUCGCUAUUGGCUGCAAAGGAGUGACAGCUGUCUGACUGACAUGUCCUACAGCUAUAAUCCAGAGUUUAGCUGCUGCAGUUCAUACGACGGCUCCCAGGAGGCCUUCGAGCUCUACUACAGUGAGACAUACAGUGAGAGCUCCUCUGUCUCACUGCAGGACUCCCAUCGCAGCCUGCCUUCAACCAGUGAUGGAGGAGACAGUAACCCUGCCCUAAUGCUGAUGCAGGAAUACAUGAUCACUCUGCGUAAUAAGCUGAGUCCAGUGGAGCUGCAGCAGUUUGCUGUGUUGCUGAGAGAAUAUAGGCUGGGAUCAAACAUCGACAACUUCUGCUCUGAGCUGCUACAACUUUAUGGAGAUGACCGCAAGUUCCUGCUGAUGG